GGCGAAGGUUCCUUGCAAAUAUUACCGCUCCCAUCAGCUGCUUAUAGGCAUCAGCUUCCAACCCACAUAGGACGGAAUAAUCGGACACGGAGGCCGACUUGUAUCGACCUCAUUUCCCAAGGGCAAGGCUCAUACCACCACAUGACUUCAACAACCUCCAAUGCUUCCACCGCGCGCAAUGUACCACCCUUUCCUCCCGAACUUUGGCUCAAGAUAUUUAGCCUUGCCACCGAUGUCCCUGGUCUGCUGAGUUGUGAUGGCCCAACUCCAUCUGAUCUACCGCUUUCCCUCGUCAAAGAGCACGAGCACGGACUGUUGAAAGAAUCUCUUAUCACAAAGAGGAAUAUUGUCCUUGUCUCCAGGACAUGGCACGCUCUCGCCACCGAGUUCCUUUAUCGGAGUGUCCUGGUCACUCACCCAGCUACUCUGUCUUCUUUGCUUGCCACCCUCAACAGCAGACCCUCUGGAGCAGCCCUCUCCGCUCAUGUAGGGUGGUGGACGAGACGACUUGAUGUCUUGAUGCAAGAUGACCGUUGUGAGGCCACUGAUUACGCCCUCCUGGCCAACAUCAUUCGACGGUUCCCAAACUUGUCGAUCGUUAAUUUAUCCAUGCCCAUGCUUCCCUAUAAUGAUUGCUGGCUUCGACAGCUACCCCAAUCAGUCGUGAUGGCGCUAGCUGAAUCUUGCGGUCCAUCAUUGCGCGUAUUUGAUUGUUCUGAGUCCAUUUUGCGCCCCUGCAGAGAGGAUCUGAUGACGCUGAUAGCUGCAGCACCAAAUUUGAGCGUGCUCCGCUGCCCGAUUUGCUCGCCCAGUGCAGGGGACAAGUCUCCAUCUGCCAGACUCGAUGUGCCCGUCAUGACCAAGUUGCAGUCGGUGUCACUCAUGUCAGUCUUUUUGCGGGAUUACCUGCCAGACGAUAGAAACGCCAACCACUUCCCAGCUCUCCGAAAACUCACCUACGACUGCAUCCCUCCUCCAUUCCUUGACCAUACUUGGAAACAUUUUGUGAAGCUGAGCUGCGCGAAUGUUACUACCGUGCACCUCGACUAUUCCCUUCAAGCCGACUCUCUUCAAAAGGAGCUAGAUCUCCUCGGCGAAUGUUGUUCGUCUUUGAAUGACCUCGUGAUUUACAUCCGUUCAUGGACGGAGAUCAAACCGAAUCUCACCCUCCCUCCUUCCGUUUCAUAUCUGGGACUACAUUCCAAGUUACGCGAGGCACCCGCGUUCCAUUUCAAGCAACUAUUUGCCGCCCUUCGUACCAUAUCGGGCUCGAAGCUCAAUACUGUUCGAUUGUUGCACGCGGACACGGUGGAAGAUUUACGGGAGAACCACCGGUCUCUGUUGGAGAGUGAACUCGCUGAUAGCGCUUCUUCUAUCACCUUCCGCAUCGAGGACCACGAGGGUCAUCUCCUGUUGGCUUGAUACAUGGGAUCAUGGGUACAGCGACACUCAUGCGGUUUAUAUAUUGGUGUAUUCUCAGGGAUCUAUUUAAACGUAUCAUGCAUUCGGGAUCUGUAUUCAAUACAUGUACACUACUGCAAACAUCGCCCUUGCAUUGCUCCCGGCAUCCGCUAGGAUCGCCAUGAUCAGUUAUGCAUCUGAUGGAUCCUCAAGACCUCAUAGCCUGACUCAUCUAAAGGCGUCCUUUCGGUUGCUAACAAUAGACGUUGUCUAAGCGCUAGUCAGGUUAUUUUACCGUUCAAAGGGUGCUUACUAAGGAACGAGUGCUGCGUCUUCGCUCCCAUGAUCGUUAUCGAUUGAACCGAUCCUCACUAUAUCGCCCAUAGUGUCCACUACACGCAUAUAAAUGGCUGAUGUGUCGGAUAAGGUCGGAU